CUGUGAUUUCUGACUGGUUCUGUCCUGGUGACUGUAUCCAGGUUAUGACGACUAAUCCCAAGCCAAACAAGGCAUUGAAGGUCAAGAAGGAGGCGGGCGAGAACGCCCCGGCGCUCAGCGACGAUGAGCUGGUGUCCAUGUCGGUGCGGGAGCUGAACCAGCACCUGCGGGGGCUCACCAAGGAGGAGGUGACCCGGCUGAAACAGCGGCGGCGCACACUCAAGAACCGCGGCUACGCAGCCAGCUGCCGCAUCAAGCGGGUGACCCAGAAGGAGGAGCUGGAGCGGCAGCGCGUGGAGCUGCAGCAGGAGGUGGAGAAGCUGGCCUCGGAGAACGCCAGCAUGCGGCUGGAGCUGGACGCCCUGCGCACCAAGUACGAGGCUCUGCAGACCUUCGCGCGCACCGUGGCCCGCGGGCCCGUCUCGCCCACCAAGGUGGCCACCACCAGCGUCAUCACCAUCGUCAAGUCUGCCGAGAUCUCCUCCCCCUCUGUGCCCUUCUCGGCUGCGUCCUAGUGCCUGCCGGGCCGGGCCGGGCCGGGUGCCUGUCCUGGUGUCCCUGGCACAGACUCCACAUCCAUCCACUGCGGACCCUGGGGGCCACGGCGGGGGCGGCCAGGACAGGCGACAGGUGCUGGAUGACGAGUAGGCUCUUGUGAGCCGCACACCCCCCACGUGCACACACGCACACCCCGGCCCUUCCCUCCCUCCCCACCCAUGCCUGUUUCCAGGAGGUGCUGGGAUCCGGGGCUCUGCCCUCCCCGGUGAGUGAGGCCUGCCUGCUGGGAGGAACGUCCCCAGAGUGGGGACUCAUCUUCCCCUCCCGGGAGCAGCCUGCCACCCCAUCCUGCCCUGAGCAGGCUGCCGCCCUGGCCAAGCUCUGGCUGCCUUCGGGGGGCAGGGAGGCCUGUCACAGCUCUGGGCUUCCACCCGCGCCCGUCCAAGUCACUGUGGUCUUUGGCCCUUAGCGCCAGGUCUGUGCUCUGGAAGCAGUUUACAGGCUGGGCCACCUGCGGGGGGCUGGUGUGUGUGUCCCACUGUGUGCACAAGCCUGCGCCCACAGGCCAGCACCAGGCCCUGGUGGGGCAGCCUGCCGGGUGGCGAUUUCUGGAGAGCCAGUCCAGUACGUGUGCAGAGAGAGUUCCGUGUAUGUUGAGAAGUUCACCCUGGGCCUGUGACCUAGGGAGCCACCCAGUGAGCUGUAGGAGCCACCUGGUCACCUAGCCAGCUGGCUCUCACGCCGAUCCUCAGCCGUUCUGGGUCAGUGGAGACACACCAGCUGUGGGAGUGUGUGCGAGAAGGUGGAGGUCUUUUGGGGGCCAGAGGAGGAGAGGAGGUUGUAGGGACAUUGGAGGUAGCAGUUGAGGAUGUGUGGAGUGGGUCGGGGGCCGCGGUGGUGCCUGCUUUGGGGACAUGCAGCGAUGAGGUGGGUGAGGACGAGGUGGGAGCCCUGGGGGGUCCCGGGCCCCAGGACACGAAGGAGGCCUGAGCAAUGCCGCAUGCAGUCACGGCACAGACCAGGAGAGCUUCAGGCAUUGGCCCUCAUCACAGGUCAGCCGGGACCUCCCGACUGCAGGUCACCGUGGCUUUGGUGCUCACUUGUCACCUGGAGCCUCUGCCUGUGUCAGCUUCAUGGCGCUUGGAGCCCUCGUUGCCCCUAGGACCCUUCCCGGGCUUCCUCACCAGAGCACCGCCGCAGGCUCUGCUGUGACUGCCGAGCGGAUGUUGGCCCCGGGUCCCCCGACUGGGGCGAGCUGGUGGAAUGUGAGCCCCAUGUCCUGCCACCAGCUGGAAGCUACCACACACCGACAGGCAUUGUCACCCGGGUGAGAGCCAGCACAGGGCUUGGGUCCCUAGCUCCUGGGCUUCCCCAGGCAGGGCAUCGGUCACAUUGGGAGGAGGACAGGGGACAGGCAGCUCAAAGGGCUGUGACUUGCUUCUGUGUCUGCUAUUAGAAGCAGACAGAAGGGUUGCUGUACACUGGUCGUCCCUGUCCCCUGUCCCUGGGGUGCGUGGGGAGCCAGGCCAAGCUGCAGUCCGGCCGGUGCGGGCACACCAGAUCCUCACGGGCUCUUCCUGAACCAUCAGUAGCAGAUACAUAGCCAUGGUAGGUAAUCCAUAUUGGAUGUCAGUAAGGACCAUGGGAAUAUUUAAAGAGAGAGUAUAUAUAAAAUUAUAUCACAGUUUAUCAUACAGGUUUUUCUUAACAAUUUUUCUCGUCCGGUUUGAUACUGUAGCUCUCUGCGUGGAGAGGGGCUGGUGGGACGGGGGACAGGCAGGCGGCCUCCCCCUGGCUUCUGCAAGCUGGCCGCUCCCUGUGGGCACAGGCCCAGGGUGCCCACUGCCUCCCCUCGGUCCUCCCAAGGGUGGUGCUGGGCACCUGGGCCUGAAAGAGGCAGGUGGCCCCACCGGGGUGCGGCGGGCUGCAGUGGUGGCCGGUUCUGUCCAGUCUUGGGGUCUCAAGUGUCCCCAUUUUGUGGGACGUGGCAGGCAGGUGAUCAUUGUCUGCGGGUUGCUGCCCGCUCUGGGCCUCUGGUGCUUUGCUGGGGUGGACGGAGCAGGGUCAGGGAAGGACAUGGCACUGUCUGCUUUUCCUUUCAGAUCACUGAAACUCACUAUCACAAUUUAAUAUAUGGAUUUUUUAAUUUAAGAGAAAGGACGAGGGCCUCUUUGUCACAUGGGUUUGUCUUCUGUCUUGCACCUCCACUUAAAAGAAGGCGAGCUUUCCCUCCCCCGGUGACAGGGCCACUCGCUCCGCACGGCCGCCUCCCCGGCCUCCGGCUCGCCAGUUGCAUUUCAACAUUUAUUUUCGUGCUGCUUUCUCCCGUGACAUAAGUUAUUGAGAAGAGGUCAGACGCCGUGGGCCCUCGUCUCUGCCCCGCCCCGCCCCACGCCACCACCUAAUUUAUUGCUGUACAGGUCGCCUCUGUGACUGCUUUUCUACCUUCGCAAUAAACAGUUUGCUGUCCACUCGCUUCUGUGCGGGGCUGGAAUCCUGCGUCCUGAGCACCGGGCAGGCCCCGGCCCCCCUCCCACAGCCUUGCUUCCCACUCCCAGUGUCCCCACCACCCAGGUCAGCCAUAAUCCUGGCCCCCUGGGGCUUGGGGACAGCACAGGGUGGCACCAUCUGCCUGCACACCUGGCUCGGGUGGACUCCUGAACCUGCAGCCCACCCUGACCACAGGCCUCGGACAGUCGGUGCGGCCUCUGCUCUACACCUGGGAGCUUUAGUGACCUGAGCCGUCUCCUCCCCACCAGGCCCCUCACCCAGCUCUGGACACUGAGGGACAGGGUCUAUGUGGAGCAGUGGCCUGAAGCUGAGGGCCUGACUACAUCCGGGGCCUGCCGGGCACCUGACUGGAUGCCAUCUUUUGGGCCUGGUGUUCUGUGGUGAACAGGCCAUACCUGCCGUCCUCAGGGGCAGACGGGGCAGCUUUUGUCCGUGGCCUUGGGAGGGCCGAGCUCACAGAGUGGCCUCUUGGGGUUGCAAACCUGCUGGCCCUCCCCCUGUCCCUCCUUCCAGCCUGUUCUCUCUGGGGAAGAUGCACAGGACAGUCCCUGGCACAGUGGAGUCAAGUCUGCCGGGGCCACAGCGAGCUUGGGACACCAGAA